UGCAGAAAAAAACAAAAGAGUGCUAACUACAAGGAAGUUCUCAUCCAUCAAAGUAAUCAACACUUACAUAAGUCUUCUCAUUUCAUACUGACAAGCACAGGACAAACGUGUGAAACCAGAGAUUUCAGCAGGAACAAUGGCACACAGCAUUGGUAACAGCAAGGACAUUUACGUUGGAACCAACAAAGGGAAGAUUGGCGCUGAUAAUGUCAUCAAUAUUAGCGGAAGAACAGGAUCCCAGCCAAAUACUGGCAACUCAUGUAACACGGGAGGUGGAAAUGGAUUCAACUCUGCAUCCACUGCCUCAGGGAAAACUGGCAAUGCGAGGGGAGAAAAAGCAGUCAAUAUUGGCAACACAAGUAACAUGACAGUUGGAGACAAUGCAGGAGACAUCGGUGCAAAGAACACCUGCAAUGUGAGCGGAGACAUUGGUGCAGGGAACAACUGCAAUGUAAUGGGAGGAGAUGGAGUCAAAAUAAGUAUUGGCAACAUGGGUAACAUGGUAGUUGGAGACAACGCAGGGGGCAUUGGUGUGGGGAACAACUGCAAUGUGAACACAGGAGGAAAAGGAGCUGAAAUUAAUAUUGGCAACGCAACAAAUGCAGGGAUUGGGUUUAACGCAGGAGGCUUUGGUGCAGGGAACAAUGUAAACAUUAACUAAUGAAAUCCCAGUCCAAAAGAUCAUGGACCGCCAACCAACCAAAAUAACACCCCAAAUGAAAACCAAAUCAAGAAUUCUUUAUAAACUGCUGUGUGCCUUCUAUUGUCCCA